AUGCACCUCCUCGCUCCGCACAGUGGUUUACUCACUCUAUCCUACGCAAUCCUAGCCCUCAGCAUCCCCCUCCCAAACCCCACCCCCUUCAGCUCAAAGAACAACAUUUUCCUCACAACCUGCACCACGCGCUCCAUCCUCACCGACGAAACCUCCUCCUCCGCAAUCCUCUACGCCGGCACCCCGUCUACCACCAACCCCACCGCCAUCGGCACCGUCGCCUCCGCCAGCGCCAUCCAAUGGGCCGGCUUCACACGCCGCGUUACGCUCGACGGCGUCGGCGUGUUCGAAAGCAGGAUCGAGCGAGGCGCGGAUGCGCUUCCGAAAAGCGAACUUGCGGGGUAUGCGACGUUACAGACUAGCGCGGUAGCAGGGGGAAAAGAGGAGUAUGCGUGCUUUAGAGAUGGGGAGGCGACAUUUAGGUUUGUGGGGGGGAUUUUAGGCGAAGAGACGACGGGUUGUUUCGAGUUUGCAUGGUGGAGGGAACGAGGAUGUUUGCUGUUUACCAAGCUACUGUAUGGAGAACUGGGUAGUUAUCCUGGUCAUUUUUGUUGCUAUCCAGAUGAAGUUUCAAUCUCACACUCGGCCAUCGGUGUUCUGUCAGCAUGUGAUCGGGGAACCCUGAGUAUGGCCAUUCAAAUUACUGGCCAUGGCGCAACGCUCGAGCAUGUAGUAGCUGUCAUGAACUACGGCAAAGUUAAGGCUGUUCAAGGAAUAUGGCCUCGAUCUUGCACUCUACAACAGCCACCAUCAAUACUUUCUCACACCACAAUCCCUACAAUGCAUCGAUACAAAUGCGGUAACAACACCUUGUGUCAGCCAGCGUGUUCUCGGCUCUCGGGUGGUCGAAAGAAGUUGUUUCCGGGCCGUCUCCACAAAAAACUUUUCCAAUCACCAAUUUCUCCGCUGCCAAGAGACGACCCCCACCCAUACCUUGCUGGUUCCGCCCACCAUGGACAAAGCUCUUCGCUCGGCUUCUUCAGUGGCCCAUUCAGAUAG